AGCUGCAGAAUGCUUUACAAAAGCUAGAGGAGGAGAAUAGAAACCUGCGGUUCCUCGCAGGGGAGUACCAGCGGAAGAUAGAGGAACUGGAGGUGGAGUCCAGCAAGAAGAACAGUCGCAUUCUUCAGCUGCAGGAGAAGAACCUCCGGGCAGUGGUCACCACACCCGGUGGAUGCAGGAAGCCAAUACCAUUUCAGCGUCAGCGUUUAGAAAUCACUUCUCAUCUUCCAGAGAACAACAUGUCUUCCAGUAACAAGUGUUCAAAGUAGGUAUAGUGUUGUGAUUACUUUAUUCUUACUUGAGCACAACUAUACUCAUGCUGUCUUGUCUUUAACAUUUAUUUUCUUGUGUAAGCCUAACACUAUUUUUGUUCUCCCUAAGUCUGUCAGAAAGAGAUCGACCAGUUCCUCCAAAGUAUUCAAGAGGACAGGAGGAGCAAGAAAUAGAGUAGACACCAGGAACAUCUAUAGAGGGAGGAGAGGUAUGAACC